AGUCUGCGGAGCGAGCGAGCAUCUGGCUUCGCUGCCUCAGAGGAAGCAGGUUCGGCCGCCUGCGGAGGUGGUGCUGAGCGCAGAGGCAGCUCAAGCCCAGCCUGCGUUGACACGGCACUGGCAGGAGCGGGAAGACCGGCUGAAGAAAACCGCAUUCCCAUUCCUUCGUUCUUUCUGAGUCAUGUCCGGGCGAGGUCGGGUCUGGGCGCUGCUGCUGGCGCUCUGCGGCGUGCUGGGCGCCUUUUGCCUGCAGCAGGGCUCCGAGGCGGGCGAGCCUGAAGCGACGGCAGCGGGCGGCGGCGGCGGCAGCAGCGGCGGGGCGAACAGGCGGCGGCGCCUGAGCCAGGAGGAUGGCAUCUCCUUCGAGUAUCACCGCUACCCAGAGCUGCGGGAGGCGAUGGUGUCGGUGUGGCUGCAGUGCUCGUCCAUCAGCAGGAUCUACACCGUGGGCCGGAGCUAUGAAGGCAGGGAGCUGCUGGUCAUCGAGAUUUCCGACAACCCUGGCGAGCACGAGCCUGGUGAGCCAGAAUUCAAGUAUGUUGGGAACAUGCAUGGAAAUGAAGCUGUUGGAAGGGAGCUUCUCAUCUUCUUAGCUCAGUACCUGUGCAAUGAAUAUCAGAAGGGAAAUGAAACAAUCAUCAACUUGAUCCACAGCACACGUAUCCACAUCAUGCCAUCAUUGAAUCCAGAUGGGUUUGAGAAGGCUGCUUCACAGCCUGGUGAACUCAAAGACUGGUUUGUUGGCCGAAGUAAUGCCCAGGGAAUAGACUUAAACCGAAAUUUCCCUGAUCUGGAUAGAAUAGUCUAUGUCCAUGAGAGAGAAGGUGGUCCAAAUAAUCACUUACUGAAAAGCCUGAAGAAAGCUGUGGAUCAGAACCCAAAGCUUGCACCUGAAACAAAAAGUGUAAUUCACUGGAUUAUGGAUAUCCCCUUUGUGCUGUCAGCCAACCUUCAUGGUGGAGACCUUGUGGCAAAUUACCCAUAUGAUGAGACUCGCACUGGUAGUGCACAUGAAUACAGCUCUUGCCCAGAUGAUGCUAUUUUCCAAAGCUUAGCUCGAAGCUAUUCAUCCUUUAAUCCAGCCAUGUCUGACCCAAACAGGCCACCGUGUCGCAAGAAUGAUGACGACAGCAGUUUCAUAGAUGGAACAACCAAUGGUGGUGCUUGGUAUAGUGUUCCAGGAGGUAUGCAGGACUUCAACUACCUCAGCAGCAACUGUUUUGAAAUCACUGCGGAGCUUAGCUGUGAAAAAUUCCCUCCAGAGGAAACUCUGAAGAGUUAUUGGGAGGACAACAAGAAUUCACUUAUCAAUUACAUUGAGCAGAUACAUCGAGGGGUGAAAGGAUUUGUUAGAGAUCUUCAGGGCAAUCCCAUUGCUAAUGCCACAAUUUCUGUAGAGGGAAUAAACCAUGAUAUUACAUCAGCUAAGGAUGGUGAUUACUGGCGAUUGCUUGUACCUGGGAAUUAUAAAGUUAUAGCCUCAGCACCAGGUUAUCUAGCAAUAACUAAAAAAGUGGCUGUUCCCUUCAGUCCUGCCAUUAGGGUUGAUUUUGACCUGGAAUCCUUGUCUGAAAGAAAAGAAGAGGAAAAGGAAGAGUUAAUGGAGUGGUGGAAGAUGAUGUCAGAAACUUUAAAUUUUUAAGCAGAAGCUCCAAAUUUACAGCUUUUAAUCUCUCAUGUGUUGACUUAGUAUAAUGUACGGUGGAAAGUCCCUAUAUUUUAGAUUUUGUGUAGCUCGCAAUAUUUAACUUGGGUUUUUUUGAGUAAUUUUUUUAAAAAAUUGACAAUCUGCUCUACAUAAAAACAAAUAGCUGGAUACUUUCAUGCCAUUGAUCGCUAUUCAUGCCAUUGUUCGCUAUCCUACAUGUUCAACACGGGGGAGAAUGCCUGAAUGAAUGUCUCAUCUACCUAACUCACAAGCUUGUAUGUUUCACUUACAAAUCCUGAAUGUGUAGGGAAAGCACAUUAAUAAUAAUAAUAAACACACAAUAAUAAUUAGCAGUCACUUGCAACUGCUGCCAUAGAAAUUUGGCAGUGCAGGUGAGCAGAUGAUAUUUUCUAAUGACUCAUGAAAUAAUGGCACUGCAAAUGUAUGCAGUAAGAACUUGGUGUUGUAAGUAACGCUUUCCUAUAAUUAAAGUUUGUUUAUGUCUCUGUGGAAGAGCCAUGUAAAAUAAGUAUCAUGACUUGGGUUUCAUCUCCUAAUAUGGAAAUAUCUUUCAUCAUUCUUACUUAAAAGCCAAAAGGAAGAUAGUACAACAUCUUUCCUUGUUCUGUCCAAUAAUGUUCCCAAGUAGCCUGGUAAUCAGAUUAAACAUUUUGGAUGGAUAAAGAAUAAUCAUAUAGUGAGUGGAUGUUGUUAUGAGGUUUCCUCUGCUUGCCGUAUAUUCUACUGUCCUGUUUGUCAGCAGUUGUUUAUGUACUAAGCAGACAUGAGUUGCAUGAAAUGAUGUCAAUAUAUUUUGCAUGAAGAACAAAAUCCAUCCGAAAGGCACCUAAUCCACUGCAUCUUUCAGAAUGGACUGAAAAUUCAAGGUAUGCUAUAUGCUCCUAAAAAACCCAAUCCUAAACAGAUUUACUCAAAAGCAGGCUGGACUAUGUUUAGUGGGACUUGAUUCCUAGAAGCUGAAAUGAUUAACUUGAAUUCUAAGGGUGCUUCUACCCAAAUGGAUUUGCAGGGGAUCAGUAUUAUGCAGGUUGGCACUUGCACUUCAGGGGAGCAAUUCCUGUUUUGAUCAGUGCUGGCCCACACAAAAACAGAAAAGUAGGUCAAUAUAACAGCAAGCCUAUCUGCUAUGAUGGUUUCUGUGUUGCACUUUCCAGUGCAUCAUAACUGUUGCUGGUCAGUACUGUCACUGACAUCUGAAGCAUCUUAAUGAAACCAAUGUCAUGGUUAGUGACACACACUAGCAAACAUUGGACUAUACUUUGAACCCUUAACCUCUUCCUGUCUAAAGAGACAAGGAUGACUGAGUAGCACUUCAAUUAAUUUUAAAAAUCUUUAUUGUAACAAAAAGACGCACAGUUUGGGAUAAAAAAAUCAUUUUGCUCCACUAACAACAUGCCUCUAGAAUUCUAUGUUUACACCAACAUAUCCCACUAUUGUGCGCACAAGAAUGCACUUUAAAAUAGCCUAAAUAUGAGAAACUUUAAAUGCAAAUACAUUUUAAUUAUGACACUAGACUUACUUUGCUCAAACAGAGCUGGUAACAUAUCAGAAAGUAUUCUGACAUUUAUUGCAAAAGAUCUUGAUGCUUGGUGAGUGGCUACCAAGGUGGUGUGAAUUUGAAGCAUGUACUUUACUAUUUCCCCAUUUUGAACCGAAGCUAGAAAAUGCAGCCAUAUGCAGCAGCCACUGCCAUACAGCUGUUCUGUGGCAAAUGCUAGCACAGAUGUUACAUUCUGCUAAAUCUCAAAAUGGAUUUCUAGUCUAACCUGUAGCAUGUGUAUAUGCUUAGCUCCUUUUCAUGUUGAGGUAAUGAAACAUAGCUGUCCCAUAAAUUAUCUCUUUCGUUUUCCUUGGAGUAUGCUUACUACUAAUGGUUCCAAAAGAUUUUAAAACAGUAGACAACUUCAUUAUGAGAAUCUGAGAAACCACGGAAAGAGUAAAUCACUUUCUUUGCAUACAGUAGGUUUCACAUUCAAUCCCUGGCAUCUCCAGUUAGAUCAGGUGUAGGAAACAUUUGGCCUGCCAGAUGUUACUGAACUACAACUCCUAUUAGCUCCAGCAAGCCUGGCCAGUGGCAGCCAAAGGAUCCCCACAUUAGCAUUAGAAGAUUUCAUCUAGCAGGGAGAUCUCUGCCUGUGAUCCUGGAGAGCCAUUGUGAGUCAUUGGCCCAAUUUGCAUGUAAUGCUAAAGCAUGAUUUAGUGCUAUGUGCAUGAGUAUGAGGGAGCCGCCGCAAACCUUGGAAAGAGCUUAUUUUAACUUUCUACAGUACCUAGCUUGCCAUUAGAUACAAAACAGAGAUCAUGGUUUAAAACAAAUUCUGGUUAAUUAAACAAGCCAGCUUCAUAAACCGUGGUUUGAAGUUUUAGAAACUGACUAGAGUUUGUUUUAAACUAUUGUCUCUAGUUUAUACAUAAUGCUAGUCCAGGAUUCUUUGAAAGUAAAACUGAAUGCUGUGGAAGUUUUCUUCCAGCCACAUGGGGGAGAUGAUGUGGGGGAGCGCAUAAAGUCAAGGCUCAGUGGCUACUACUUGCUUGUGCACUUAGCACUAAACCAUUGGUUUAGCAACAUGUGUGAAUUUGGCCAGGGUGGACAGCACUGGACUAGACGUACCAAGGACAUGAUACAGUAUAAGACAGUUUCUAAGUAAAAAGAUAAAAGGACCAUGUGAGCAGGGCUUUCAAUAAAAAAUCUCAUUAAAUUGCUAAAAUGAGCAAUGCCAUAAAACAGUUUAUGGAGCAAGGAAUUCAGUGUCGUGUUUUAGAGUUAUUUGGUUU